AUGAGUGAAGCUGGCCCCGAUCCAUCUCACCAAGACAGCACCUCUCCUGCACUUAAGCAUUACGCCCCAUCUGGUUCUGGUAACGAAUACUUUGACGAUUUUCUCGAACCUGCUAUUGAUGGUCCCCCUUCGCCAGCCCGGAUCAGAGCCCUGAGCAACAAGGUGAAGCAAGCAUCAGUAUCGGAGCGACAUGUGAGCCAACAGACGACUUCAUCUGGGUCAUCAUCUCUGCUUUCUCUUGGAUCAGUCGACCGACGGCCAUCCUGGGAUCAAGCUCUGGAGUCCUUCUCGCUGUCCAGGAAGUCCUCGACCCGCUCGACGACAAGCAGCAUGCGAGAGCGUCCAGAAAGCGUGCAGGCAAUCGGUAAGGCCAUAUUCAAUCGGAAGACUAAGCUCAGGAGAGAGAGUCUGGUCAAUAGCGGAGGAAGUUCAGUCUACUCGACAGACAUGGCACCUGACAGCACAGGCGAACGAUCUCGUGCACCUUCCGUCACCAAGGAACAUACUCUGUCCGGCAUGAACUUUUUCAACCGCCGGAGGACUGUGCAAGCACCGGAGGAAGCAUUAUCGCAGAAGCGACCGCAGAUAUCGAGUCCCUUUAACUUCCAGCACGUUGCUCAAAUACAGCGGGAUCAGGUGCCGACUCUGGAACAAUCGAGUCAAGUGCUCCCGCAGAACGAGUGGUCGGCUGCCCGUGCCUCCGAAAUGCCAGCUAUGGGAGCGUCGAAAGGUAUCAUGGCGGAGGACUUACGUGUGCCCAACUUUUCGUCAAAGGCUACACGCCCACACGAUGAUGAUGACAUCGCGCCGCAUGUUGUACCUCACCGACGGGAGAACAGCAUCGUUCGUCCACCAAGCUGGCACAAAUCCCCUCCAAGGCCAAUGGUGAAGCAUUCGCGAUCUCAGGACCAGAUUCCUGGCGCGCCUCCACCGAGGCCACCAAGAUCGCCGACGGACCUGGAUCUGAAUUUCGACCUCACCCCUCCUGUGCCUCCGCCCCGCAGCUCCAGUCGGCCAUCAGUCCCACGUCGCGACUCCGAAGCCCUAGGAAACAUCAUGACCGACCGAUCGCAGGGACUGAGUGGGUUCCGCUUUCCGCCGCCGCUUUCAAUCCAUACGGACGCGAACAGCCCGCCGUCAACGUCACAGGGACCGUCUAGCCCCACGGCCACGGCAGAGCGUCGGUACUCGCGCUUUUUCCUGCCUUCACCUACCGAGACCCCCAACUGGCCUCUGACAUGUCCGCUACACAACGCCAGUGUUUCAACAUUCGAAGCUGGCCUCCCUGAUGUGCCUGAAGAGGAGGAGCAGCACGGUUUGCCUAAGAGAUCGCGAGCGAGUAUCCGCAGUACGAACUCCUCGCUUCGAGGAUCGCAAUCUGUGCCGGCCCUGCGGAAGGCGUCGGUAUCUGACUACAGCUCGCAUGAUCGUAGUCUCAGCAGGGAGUCGACGAUAUUUGGACAUUUCGACAUGGCCGCCGCCGAACGAGCAGAGAGAGAGGCCAUGGAGAACACCCAGGACGAUUCGGACCCGCUUCCUCGGGAUAUCUGGGAGGAUGUGAUUGACUACUGCUAUGAACAUGAAGCCGAGGCCCACUGCGACUAUGACUGGGACCGGCCAUCAAUCGACAUGGGCAGAGAGCCCACCUUCCUGUUCACCGAAGAUGAGAAUGAUGACGGGACCUUCUUUCGGCCGACCUCCGACCACUUCGAAAUCCCAGCCUUGAGCCCCUGCAGCCAUCUCUCCGUGGGCAGCGCCCAAGACGCGCAAGAGGCUAUCACGCCUACCAUCUCAGCCUCAGGCACGAAAUCCCCUACGAGAUCUAACUUCUCACUUCCCCGACGAGAUGGUGGCCAACCACAGCGCCUGCUCCAUGUGCGGACCACUUCGCAAGCAUCGGUUGCUAAGGAGGGAUUCACUCUUUCGCCGUCAAUGCUGAUCCCGACUGAUUACCAUCAAGAAAUGCUUGCUCACCAGAACGAGCGCUUCGAGGAAUCUGAAGGUCUUGGCCAGGCUGUGACAUGGGAGGAGCCGACAAUGACAGCGGACGGUGCAAACUUGUUCGUGCCGAUCAGGGCUAGCAACUCGACUACCGCGAGCGCAAUGUCGUCGCGAUCCAACUUUGACCGACACAUCUCUACAACCUCGUCCACCAACACGGACUACACCCGCAUGACCAUGAGCACCAGCUCAGUCAACAUCGAGGACUACCUGCCGAAGGACGAUGCGCCACGAGCCAUCACCAAGGAUGACCCCGAGACUUCGCAAGCCUCCGCUGCCAUACCCCAUGCGCGGUCCCAGAGCAUCGCUGGUCUGCUGAACUCGAUGGACUCGAGCCCCCUGAGCCGCGGCAACCACAGCAGCGACCCGAACCUCGACAAGCUGCGGUCCGCCAAGCGCCAGGUUGGCCGUGGGCGCGCCAGGACGCUGAGCUCCAGCCCCCCUCCUCCUGGACAAUACGCCCUGUUUCCCAGGCCCGCGAACCUGAAAUAA